UUAGAAUAUGUAAUGUCAAUACCUUUUAUAUUUAUUUAUCUUCCCUAUUUAGGUGUUCUAAUAAUAAUGUAAAACUAGAUUUAUUUAGAGUACCAUGGUGGUGAGAUUACUGAGAAUUAGUAACUUCAAUAGAGGAUCUGAAAUCACUAAUUAAUAUAAUGCUUCCAAAUGGUAAUUACUUUUUCAAACAGAUUCAUAAGUGAAGAUAUACAUACACCUAUGUUCUAAUGGCAAGAUCUUGGAACUAUUGGCUAUCUUUGUUGCACAAACACAAGUCAAGUUGUGAAGCUGCCAAACAAAUCCACGCUCAUCUAAUCAUCAAUAGUUACCAUUAUCAGUUUACUGAAAACCCCUCUAAGUUCUGGAAUGCCCUUCUUCGACACUACUCUAUCGCUUCCUUCCCUAAAGAAGCUUUCACACUCUUCAAACAACUCCAAUUUCACAACUGUCCUGCCAUUACUUUUGAUAGCUUUGGCUAUUCUUUUCUUAUCAAGGCUUGCAUUGGUUUGGAACAGGCUUCUUUGGGUGCUCAACUUCAUUCCCUAACUGUGAAGGUGGGGUUUGAAUCCCAUGUUUAUGUUCAGACUUCCCUGGUUAACAUGUAUGUUGUGUGUGGUCAUUUGAUCAAAGCACGGAAAGUGUUUGAUGAAAUGCCAAAGAAGAAUAAUGUUACCUGGAAUGCUUUGAUUACUGGUUUGAUGAAUUGGGGGAAGCCCACGCAAGCCCGUUUACUUUUUGACCUAAUGCCAACCCCGAAUGUCAUUACCUGGACAGGUAUCAUUGAUGGAUACACACGUAUGGACAGGCAUAUGGAAGCCAUGUCCAUGUUCCGCAAAAUGGUUCUAGGAGGUAUUAAGCCAAAUGAAGUAACGAUUUUAGCAAUCUUCCCUGCCAUUUGGAAUACUGGAUGCCUCUUAUCAUGCCAGAUGAUCCAUGCAUAUGCAGAGAAAACUGGAGAUAAAGAGUCAGAUAUUCGAGUGGCCAACUCACUUAUAGAUGCUUAUUCAAAAUGUGGUUGCUUGGAAAGUGCAUUAAGAGUUUUUGAGACCAUAUCUACAGAGCGACAGAAUUUGGUUUCUUGGUCAUCUAUAAUAUCUGGUUUGGCAAUGCAUGGAAUGGGGAAGGAAGCAGUAGAUAAAUUUAGAAUGAUGGUAAAUACAUGUACUAAGCCAAAUUCAGUGACAUUUUUGAGCAUACUGAAUGCUUGCAGCCAUGGAGGAUUGGUUGAAGAGGGCUUAGAUAUUUUUAAAAAGAUGGUUGUCGAUCAUCACCUUGUUCCUGAUACCAAGCACUAUGGUUGUUUAAUUGACAUGUUGGGGAGGGCUGACAAGCUGGAGGAAGCUGAGAAAAUAGCAUUAAGAGUCCCAGAAGGAAUUGGUAAUGCUGUAAUUUGGAGGACUCUUUUAGGAGCAUGUAACUUCCAUGGAAAUGUUGAGGUGGGAGAGCGGGUAAUGAGAAGGUUAUUAGAGAUGGAGAGAGGUUAUGGUGGUGACUAUGUACUUUUGCACAACAUGCUCGCUGGGGUUGAUCGAUAUGCAGAUGCUGAGAGCGUGAGGGUAAUUAUGAAUGCAAGAAAUGCUACUAAAGCUGUUGGUAUGAGCUUGGUCUGAAUACAACUAACUAAAUUAACCCGAUAUGAGAGGCAAAGUCUACUCAUCACAAGCUUUAAUCCAUGAGCGUGUAUUUUAUGGUCUUUGUAUGUGCAAGGACCAUAUACUUGGUUUCGCUGAAGGGGAGGUUCCAUUCGCAAGCCCUCGUUGAUCCAAAACUCACACAUGAUCCGGUUGAAAGAUUUUAAACAUCUUAAAGGUCUUUCCAUGCAACGGAAUUCUGU